AGUCCAUUCGUGCCCUGUGUGGCUGUAACAGCAGAUCGUGCGCCGUGGAGUCCUCCGCGGACUGGAUUUUCGAUAUUGAGGAUACAGUUUUGAACCUGGACAGCAUGGAAGACGUUCCUAAUUCACAAGAUAUCGUCGACCUCAUGCUGAAUUUCAACGAGGACGUUCAACAAGUAAUUUCCGAGCAAGAAAUCGAAGCAGAUUCCACUGUACCCGCGCCGUCAUACUUCCCGACAGAGCUCGUCCAGCGGACGAGUGAAGAUCUCAUAGAACGGGACCUCCACACGUUCGCUGAGGACUUCCUGCUCGGACCCGCCGUGCAGCAACAGUAUCAGGACAUAAAGCCUGUCGUCAACCCACAUGAGCUCUUCCUGUCUCAGAUCAACUCGACCGUUGUGAAUCAGUCCCUCAGAAAUGCUCCCGGUGAUCUCGGGUUCAAAGUCACCUUCGAUCAGCAUGACAAAGUCACGAAGAAUAUGACAUGGACAUAUUCGAACGAAGUGGGGCGACUAUACGUUAUGUUGAAUUCACAAUGCCCUUUCAAAAUCUCGACAACCUCACCACCCCCAGACAACUCCUAUAUAGUCUGCAUUCCGGCUUACAAAGACGCGGUUUCGCGAAGGGAGAACGUCGUCCGCUGCCCCCACCAUUGUCGAAACCAAGACAUGAAUGGUCUCUCGGGGAAGUUUUGGAUGAACAGUACGCAUAGCCAAUCAAUUUAUUACGAGGAUAUCCAGAACAAUCGGAGACAUUGUUUGAUAGUACCUUAUGAAAAGCCUCACGCCGGUUGCUCGACCUACACGUACAUUCUGGAGUUCAUGUGUCGAAACACUUGCGUCGGAGGAGUGAAUCGACGGGCGACCGAAGUCGUCUUCCUGCUGCAACACGAAGGCCGGGAACUCGGUCGGUGUGUAGUCGAAGUCAAAGUUUGUGCUUGCCCCGGAAGGGACCGGCGACACGAUGAAACCACCUUGGUGAAGCGUCUCUCGAUGGAAACGGCCAAGGGAAAAGCUAAACAUUCUGGAUCGGCAGGACAUACUAAGGCGGUGAAGUUGAGCCAGGAGACCAACCUGAAUCUCAGCAAUGCAGAGGAACACGACACAGCCUCAGAAGAGCAGUGGUAUACGAUACGAGUGAAGGGAAAAUCCAAUUUCGAGAUCUUGAAGCGCGUGGCGGAAGGGCUCGAGUUGAGAUCCGCUCAGAAGCUGAAGAAGAGAAAACUGACGGACAGCCGGAAUCAAAAUCAGCCGACAGACGUGAAGCGUGAGGUGGACAUAGUGUAUUCGGAUGGUUGAGCUUGUUCAGCAUAGGAAUAACGCUGGUUGGCUUAGUUAUCGAAGUACAAAUUUGAAGCACAAGUUUCAACGCUCGACCUUUCUAGUUUGUACGCCGGAACGUGCCUUGGAUAGCGAACCCCUGUUGAUGUUGAAUCCAUCUACCUAGAUCUCACGGAUCUCUUCACCUGGCAUGGUUUUGGAAACGCUCAUGAGUGGUAUUGAAUCAAAUUCAGCGGCUUGGCUGUCGCGCCGGGCGGAUUCGGUCACAAACUCGUAGGAUGCCUUAUUGUUUUCUCGAAAAUAUCGAAACUCUUCCGACAGGAACGUUUGAUCCCCGCAUUAUAUUUUUCUGACGGGAUCCGGAAAUUGUGAACCUCAAUCUUGGGACCGAGGAAGAAGUGCCUAAGUUGUAUGGCUCUUUGCCUGGCAUUCCUGGAGAGCUCGGAGCUCUGUCUUCGUGGAAGAUGGUGGCGUGUCCAUCAAACGAAGCAAAUGUUAAGCGGUGAUAGGUACUGGAAUCUCGGAGGCUUUCAUGAUCACUCGCCCCAAUGAGGAGGUUCCCUCAGCCGCGGAUAUUAUAGAGUGUAAUCAACUUCGAAGUUGCGAAAUUGUGUCUCGGUGUCGAUCGAGCUCGACUCCUCCUCACCAGACCCUUUUACUCGGGGAAUUCAUAGCCAGAGGCUGACUUUUUGGUGUCUUCCCUCAGUACACAGGAUGCUGUUCCUAUAUUGAUCGAAAUCGUGACGCGAACUCACGCACAGGACUAUAUAUUUUCUCCUCCUGGUGAGCGCUCUACAGUUUCUCCCGAUCGGAUGGUGCCGCAUUCGCAACUGACUACUAGGGGUAUACCUACGGGGAUGCAAAUUUGAUGGGGAUGAUUUGGAAGGCGUAAUCGUGGUAGAUCUUCUAUACUUGAAGUUCGAGAGGAAAACUUAAUCAUCGAUCAGAUUCGAGCUUUUUGAAUCAAAAUGAAUUUUCGAAUGUACCAAAUUGAGAUCCGGUCUCAGAGGUAACAGUAAUAAAUUCUUGAUUGUACUAGAUUAAAAUUUGGAUCGGAAAAGAA